UUCGCAACUGAUCCAAAUGUAAUAAUAAUUGGUUCCGGUCCGGCUGGAAUCGCGGCUGGCACAAGAUUAUAUGAAAAUGGAAUUACAAAUAUUCUUUGGCUAGAAGCCGAAAGUCGUAUUGGUGGACGAAUUAAUACACAGAAAUUUGCUGCAAAUGUUAUUGAAAUUGGUGCCCAAUGGUGUCAUGGCGAAAAGGAUAAUGUUGUAUACGAAAUGGCCAAUCCUUUAGGAUUAUUGGAGCUUCCAAAUUCUGGUUCUGAUGAGCUAGAUAAAUUUCCUGAUAUUUAUACAUCUUUCGGUACAUUGUUACCGAAAUUGGAGACGCACAAAAUAAAUGGAAUACUGGAAGAUAUUGUUAAGGAUUAUGAAGAAAUGGAAAAAUUUAACGGUUCGGUGGGAGAGUUUAUUCAAUUGAAGUUUUCGAAUAAAUUAGACAACGAAAUGAAAGAAAUUGAUCGAAAUCUUUCGACGUACGUGUUAGACUGGACACAUAAAAAGAAUUCUUUAUCAGAAGCAUCAGAUUCUCUGUACGAUGUAUCAGCGAAAGAUGCAGGAGAUAAUUGGGUGCGUGAAAGAAACAAUCUUAAUUGGAAAGGACGAGGAUACAAAACUAUUCUAGAUCUGCUGAUGAAAAAACUACCAGAUCCAAAAAAAAGUUUACCAAUAGAAGACAAAAUACUUUUAAAUAAAGAAGUUAUUAAUAUUAUUUGGAACUCAAAUCAAAAUGGAGUGACGGUGAAAUGUGCUGAUGGAUCAGAAUACAAAGCAGAUCAUGUUAUUGUGACGGUAUCGUUAGGAGUUCUUAAAGACCGAAUUGGUUCAUUAUUUCAACCAGAAUUACCUCCGAGCAAAUUGAAUGCAAUUCGAGGUUUAAAUAUGGGUACCGUUGAUAAAUUAAUAUUUGAAUUUUCGGAACCGUGGUGGCCAAAAAAUCAUCCUGGUUUUAAAAGUAAUAAAUGGUUGUCUGAUGUUCAAGGAUUUUCUAAAAUUGAACACCAGCCAAAUUUAUUAUUAGGAUGGGUUGUGGGUGAAUCAGCUCGACAAAUGGAAACAAUUCCUGAUGAUGAAGUUAAAGCAAAAUUAAUGCAAUUAAUGCGAAUGUUUUUGGGUCACAAUUACAAUAUACCAGAACCAGAUACAUUUAUAAGAUCUAAAUGGUUUACAAAUCCAAAUUUUCGUGGAGCAUACACUUACAAUAGUUUAACGACUGAUCAAUUAAAUGCUUCAAGGAUGGAUUUACAAGAACCAUUAAAAAAUUCUUCUGGCCAGGAUGUUGUACUUUUUGCUGGUGAAGCUACAAAUCAACAUCGAUAUUCUACAGUUCAUGGUGCUAUUGAAACAGGAUGGCACAUGGACAACUUUAAUUUUAAAGCUUUUAUUUUAAUAAAUUUAAUUUUAAAUGUUUUCGCAACUGAUCCAAGCGUAAUAAUAAUUGGUACCGGUCCGGCUGGAAUCGCGGCUGGCACAAAAUUAUAUGAAAAUGGAAUUAAAAAUAUUCUUUGGCUAGAAGCCGAAAAUCGUAUUGGUGGACGAAUUAAUACACAAAAAUUCGGUGCAAAUGUUAUUGAAAUUGGUGCCCAAUGGUGUCAUGGCGAAAAGGAUAAUGUUGUGUACGAAAUGGCAUAUCCAUUAGGAUUAUUGGUGCACUCAAAUUCUGGUUUUGAUGUGCUAGAUAGAUUUCCAGAUAUUUAUACAUCUUUUGGAACAAAGCUACCCAAAAUUGAAACUCAUAAAAUAAAUGGAAUACUUGAAGAUAUUGUUAUGGAUUAUGCAGAAAUGAAAAAAUUUAACGGUUCGGUGGGAGAGUUUAUUCAAUUGAAGUUUUCGAACAAAUUAGACAACGAAAUGAAAGAAACUGAUCGAAAUCUUUCGACAUACGUGUUAGAUUGGACACAUAAAAUGAAUUCUUUACUAGAAGCAUCAGAUUCUCUGUACGAUGUAUCAGCGAAAGGUUCAGCAGAAUAUUGGGGUUGUGAAGGAGAUAACCUUAAUUGGAAUGGUCGAGGAUACAAAACUAUUCUAGAUCUGCUGAUGAAAAAACUGCCAGAUCCCAAAAAAGCUUUACCAUUAGAAGACAAAAUGCUUUUAAAUAAAGAAGUUAUUAAUAUUGUUUGGAAUUCAAAUCAAAAUGGAGUGACGGUGAAAUGUGCUGAUGGAUCAGAAUACAAAGCAGAUCAUGUUAUUGUGACGGUAUCGUUAGGAGUUCUAAAAGAUCGAUUUAAUUCAUUAUUUGAACCUAAAUUACCUCCGAGCAAAUUGAAUGCAAUUCGAGGUUUAAAUAUUGGUACUGUGGAUAAACUAAUAUUUGAAUUUUCGAAGCCAUGGUGGCCAAAAAAUCAUUCUGAUUUUGUAUUUGUAUGGCAAAAACAUGAAAUUGACGAACAACUUAAAAAAUUUAAUGGAUCUUUGGAAAGUAAUAAAUGGUUGUCUGAUGUUGUUGGAUUUGCUGAAAUUGAACACCAACCAAAUUUAUUAUUAGGAUGGAUUGUGGGCGAAUCAGCUCGACAAAUGGAAACAAUUCCUGAAGAUGAAGUUAAAGCAAAAUUAAUACAAUUAAUGCGAAUGUUUAUGGGUCACUAUUACAACAUACCAGAACCAGAUACAUUUAUAAGAUCUAAAUGGUUUACAAAUCCACAUUUUCGUGGAUCAUACACUUAUAAUAGUAUAACGACUGAUCAAUUAAAUGCUUCAAGAAUUGAUUUACAAGAACCGUUAAAAAAUAGUUCUGGCCACGAUGUUGUACUUUUUGCUGGUGAAGCUACAAAUGAACAUCGAUAUGCGACAGUUCAUGGUGCUAUCGAAACAGGAUGGCGUGAAGCUGGUCGACUUUUAAAACUCAAAAAUUAA